AACCCUAAUCGCCGUCUCAUAUUUAACGCAUUGGCCUCUCCCCUACUUUCUUCUGCUCGGCGCUCGCUUCUUCCUUCUGCUAACGAGAAAUCCUCCUCCUCUCGCUCUUCUCACUCGAGUUCCUACUAACUCUCUAAAAUGGGUCGUGUUCGCACCAAGACUGUGAAGAAGUCCUCGCGCCAAGUGAUUGAGAGGUACUACUCUCGAAUGACGUUGGAUUUCCACACCAACAAGAAGAUCUUGGAAGAGGUUGCCCUCAUUCCCACAAAGAGGCUCAGGAACAAGAUUGCCGGGUUCUCUACUCACCUUAUGAAGAGAAUUCAGAAGGGUCCAGUGAGGGGCAUCUCGUUGAAGCUGCAAGAGGAGGAGCGUGAGCGUCGCAUGGACUUUGUUCCUGAUGAGUCAGCCAUCAAGACGGACGAAAUUAAGGUUGACAAGGAGACACUUGACAUGCUUUCUGCUCUUGGCAUGUCUGACCUUCCUGGCCUCACCGAAGUGGAGCCACAGCCUGUGAUUCCCACCCAAGGUUUUGGCCGGGGCGCACCUGGAAGGAGGUACUAGGAGCUGUUUUUAUUUGAUUUGGCCGAAGGCGGUACUAGGUGUUGUUUUUAUUAAUGUUGUUUGGUUAUGAGACCUUCUGUGUACCAGAAGACGGUUGGUAGUUACUUUUUUGACUCUGGUAUUAAGUAAUAUGGUAAGUGGAUCUUCUUUGGUUUAAUUGGGCGUUUUAGUUGAUGUUCUAUUUGAAGAGACUAGUUUCUUCUUCUUCACAUAAUUAUGAGAUUUUGUCAGCUA